AUGGAUGAACGUGCUAAUUCGCAAGAUCCAGACCUAGAAAGUUCUGGUUUUACAUCGGAACGUCAACGAAAUAUUGUAGUUAGACCUGGCUUUGCCUAUUAUAUGGUGAUUUUGAGAGUGACCCGUGGCUUACGAUUUGGUCUUGGAAUAAAGCAUUAUCGUAAUAUGGUUAUUGUGAGCAAAGUUGAAAAAGGAACACUUUCUGCUGAUGCCAUGAAAGUUGGAGACCACAUAAUUGACGUGAAUGGAAUACCUGUGACCGAUAAAAAUGUGGCGAAGUCACUCAUAAUAAGAUCACUACAGACAGAUGGCACUGUCAAUAUGAUCGUAGAACGCGCCGUGGAUCCUGCAGCUCUCGCCCUUGUAGAGGGCUACCUCACAGCAUCACAGCUACAACCUCCAUCUAUCACUAUGGCGUCAGAUGUGAAAUCAAUUGUGCAGAGAUACUUUGAAAAGUUGAAGAUGGGACAUGGAAAAAUGAAACCGGUUCCGGUGCUACGACCGCCUGACGCUCCACAACGUGACUAUGGAAGAGUUCAGUUCGAAGAAGGAGCCCAACACAAAUCAAUUCAGAUUGGUAUGGACAACUUGAACAGAGCCCAUCUCCUAAAGAAAGUUCCUUCAAAGCCAGGUCCACAAUCUCGUGAAUCAGAAUCUCGUGAAUCAGAAUCUCGCGAAUAG